AUGAAGAACUAUUUCUUCUGCGACGUAGAACUACUACUGUGUUGUACGGCAUGUAAACAACCUCUUUGGCUGACGAUACUGAUCAUCAUGUCAAGGGCAGCAGGAACUUUAGUGACAACAAACAAUGCCACCUAUAUCCCACCACGGUUUAUGCCGGGAUAUCAAGGUCAUUGUCCAACCACAAAGUAUGAUUAUGGUGAAACAUACGGAAAUGCAACACAGAAAUAUUUCCAGGACUACAGAUCCAAAACCUUGUCAUGUUCAGCUGAUCCGCUAUGCAAAGGUGGAGAGUUCCCAACAUAUUACACACACAAACCAGAGACUGUUAUCAGCGCCAGAAGUCGAACUCGUGACAGAUGGUUAAAUGCUCCAAAGCAUUCCCUGUCAAAUAUAGAUCAUGACAGGAAAGAAGAGCUCUACCAGUUUGAUAAACUUGGGCAAAAACACAGAGAACACUACACUGACAGGAGUGGAACAAAAAAGCGUGUUAAUUACUUUAUGUUACCUGUUGGUGCAGAAGAUCAGCUGAGGCGUAAUGUGCCCUUCAUGAUUUUGGCUACAAGACACAAUGAUGAAAUCAACUUACCAUUCCUCAUGCAUGAUGCUCGACGUCUUCCUCUGUUGAGACGGGUGGCCCCAGACUCCUCCCAGCGAGAUCGGGAAAUGAGGGAUGUCUACUUUGAGAAGCGAUAAGAAAUUUGAUACCCCACACGGGUCUCCUAACUCACUGUGAAAUCACUUGGCUCUUUGAAAUUAUUAGCUUGAACAUUUUGUCAUACAUUUGUAAAUGUCUACCGCAAUCAUUUUAAAAAAUCAAGUUUUCAGUGUUUGAAACUUUCUGCAUCACGUCUAUUUACUAUUGUUAAAACAUCUCUGCAGUCAUUAUGUUUAAUUUAUUUAUUUUUGCUCAAAUUUAUCUGAAAUACCUGGGUACCUUUCUUGUAUGUAUCCCAUUAGUUGAUCUAGACAUCAUUUUACCUUUGUUUAAAGUGUUGUUAUGGGUGUUAUUUUUAAAACUUUUUGUAUGAUUGAUAUAGAAGUAAUGUUUAUUUUUGUUGUUGAAUACAAGAGUAUUAGUACAGUUUGAUUGUAAGAUUGAAGUUAAAUUUUUAGUACAAAAACAAAUUUUACCUUCCAACUACAAAAAAAAUUAGAUGUAUUUUAAAAAGUAUCAGUGGACCAAAUAAAACUGAGAACAUGUUGUCAUCAAGAUAAUCAAUUUCUAUAUUAUGUUCCAGUAUCUUAAGAUACAGACAUAAAAAAAUCUGUGUAGAUUAUAUUGGUACAUGUAACUUUUAUACAUGAAUAUUGUAUAAAGGGUUAAAUAAGACAGAUUUUGUAGAGUAACAAAACAUUUUUUGUGUAUCUUAUUGUGUAUUGGUUCAAUCUACUUUUCCAUGUUAAUGUGCAAGUGUAAUUUCUAUUUUCUUAUUUUCUUUUACGUUCCCUAUCAGGGAAUAAAUGAAGUCUUUCACCUGUUCUCAUGCACCA